GCUCUGCUCCAGCCGUGUGCGUGACCCCUGCACGUCCCUCCCCUCUGCUCUCUCUCACUCCGAGCCGCUCGAGGAUGCUGGACUAGAGCGAUGCCGGACGUGUGUGUGUGAGCACGGAAACUGCCAUGGCGACGAGGUGGCAACAGAAACACUCUUACUGAAGAUGCGGGAAAUGACAGUGUGAAGGCUGGCUACCACGAAGGCCUCCGCUGCUGGCUGGGCAGCGUUCCCCUAUGAUCACAUGACUCUGGACAUGGACGCGGUCCUGUCAGACUUCGUUCGGUCCACGGGGGCAGAACCGGGUCUGGCACGCGACCUGCUCGAAGGUAAAAACUGGGACCUGAGCGCCGCGUUGAGCGACUAUGAGCAGCUCAGGCAGGUGCACACGGCCAACCUGCCGCAGGUGUUCAACGAGGGCCGCUUCUUCAAGCAGCCCGAGCGCGACUCCACCCCCCACUCCACCCCCCAGCAUGGCAGCAAGGGGGAGCAGGGCCUGCAGAAGCAGGAGGAGAACACGCAAGAGAAGCGCCUGACGCGGGGCAUCUCCCACGCGAGCUCUGCCAUCAUGUCCCUGGCACGGCUGCACGUGACGGGCGAGGUGGCGCGUGAGCAGUUCCCUCUGGAGAUGCCCAUCUACACAUUCCAGCUGCCCGACCUCAGCGUCUACAGCGAGGACUUCCGCUGCUUCAUCGAGCGCGACCUCAUCGAGCAGUCCACCAUGGUGGCCCUAGAGCAGGCUGGUCGUCUGAACUGGUGGUCUACAAUGUGCACUAGCUGUAAAAAGCUGCUUCCCUUGGCCACCACUGGGGACGGUAACUGCCUGCUGCACGCUGCCUCUCUGGGUAUGUGGGGCUUCCACGAUCGGGACCUGGUGCUGAGGAAGUCGCUGUACGCCAUGAUGAAGAGCGGAGCGGAGCGCGAGGCCCUGAAGAGGCGCUGGAGGUGGCAGCAGACGCAGCAGAACAAAGAGUCAGGGCUGGUGUAUACGGAGGAGGAGUGGGAGAGGGAGUGGAAUGAGCUGCUCAAGUUGGCCUCCAGUGAGCCACGCACACACUUCAACAAGAACGCCAACACCAGCGGCGGGGUGGAUAACUCUGAGGACCCUGUGUAUGAGAGUCUGGAGGAGUUCCACGUGUUCGUUCUGGCUCAUGUGCUGAGGCGACCCAUCGUGGUGGUGGCUGACACCAUGCUCAGGGACUCCGGAGGGGAAGCGUUUGCCCCCAUCCCUUUCGGAGGUCUGUACCUGCCCCUGGAGGUGCCCCCCAACCGAUGCCACUGCUCCCCACUGGUGCUGGCCUACGACCAGGCACACUUCUCCGCCCUGGUGUCCAUGGAGCAGAGGGACCAGCAGCGUGAGCAAGCCGUGAUUCCUCUGACAGACUCGGAGCAUAAGCUGCUGUCGCUCCACUUCGCCGUGGAUCCAGGGAGAGACUGGGAGUGGGGGAGGGACGACAACGACAACACCAAGAUGGCCAAUCUCAUUCUGUCCCUGGAGGCCAAGCUCAAUCUGCUGCACAACUACAUGAAUGUAACAUGGAUCCGUAUUCCCUCUGAAACAAGGGCUCCUCUCGCCCAGCCGGAGUCUCCGACCGCCUCGGCGGGCGAGGAUGUGCAGUCCCUGGCCGAGUCCAUGGACUCCGACCGCGAGUCGGUCUGCAGCAACUCCAACGUGAACUCCAACGGCAGCAAGCCCAACGGCAAAGAGGCCAAGGACAAGGACAAACAGCAGCGCAAGGACAAGGACAAGGACAAGACACGGGCCGACUCUGUGGCCAACAAGCUGGGCAGCUUCAGCAAAACCUUGGGCAUCAAGCUGAAGAAGAACAUGGGGGGUCUGGGGGGCCUGGUGCACGGGAAGAUCAGCAAGUCUGGCUCGGGCGGUAGCGGUGGCGGUAGCCGCGGUGGAACCGAGAACGGCACCGGAGGAGGAGGAGGAGGAGGAACCGUGGAACCCAAAGCCAAGAAAAAGGACUCCAAGACCCGCAAAGGCAGCAAGGAGGAGUCCGGCCAGUCGGGUCAGUCCGGCCAGUCGGGCCAGUCGGCCAGCACGUCCUCCUCGGAGAAGACCACCAGCCCCUCGCCCACGGACCGGGCCUCGGGUAGCUCCCCCGGGCCGGGUCAGGGGACGGGCAGCGGGUCAGGGAAGGGGUCCAGCGGGGGCAGCAGCAGCGGCGGCCUGGAGAGCUGGAAGUACAGCACAGACGUGAAGCUGAGCCUCAAUAUCCUGCGUGCCGCCAUGCAGGGCGAGCGCAAGUUCAUCUUCGCCGGCCUGCUGCUCACCAGCCACCGGCACCAGUUCCACGAGGAGAUGAUCAGCUUCUACCUGACCAGCGCCCAGGAGCGCUUCAGCACCGAGCAGGAGCACAAGAGGAAGGCCGAGCCUGACAAGAAGCCCCUGGCCGCCAACGGAGGAGGAGGGGUUGCCGUGACGACGAGCGCCAUCACCGCCACUGCCACCAUCGCCGCCGCCACCAUCGUGCCCACGUCCACCUCCUCCGCCCUGAAGCGGCCCGAGCAGGAGAGCAUGUUCCAGAGGGAACUCUCCGACAGCUCGCCGCCCUCCAGCUGCUCCCCGGUCCUCCACCACCCUGCCCUCCACCACCCGCAGCUGUCCUCCAAGCUGCCCGGCAGGAGCAGCCCCAUCAUCUGCACCUCCCCCAUCCCCAUCCCCAUCCCCAUCCCCACCUCGGCCCCCUCCUCCAUGUCGCCCGUGCCCUUCUCCUCCAUGUCCCCGGUGCCCUUCUCCUCCAUGUCCCCGGUGCCCUUCUCCUCCCCCGGUAACGCUGCUAAGUGGCCCGGGUCGGUGGGCUCGGUUGGGUCUGUGGGUUCCGUAGGUCCGUUUCCGGUGUCGGCCCACUACAGCCAUACUCCACCGGUGCAGCGCCACAGUGUGAUCCUGCGGGAGGUGGCGCGCGAGGAUCCCCCCCCGCCAUGCCGCCCGCCGCCCCAGAUGGGCGCGCUGAAGACGUGCGCCACCUACCCCCAACAGAACCGCUCGCUGUCCUCGCAGAGCUACAGCCCGUCCCGCCUGCCUGGCCUACGCGCCACCAACCCCAGCCAAGGGCACACCUACGGCAACGCGGGGCACGGCUACGGGCAACACCACCACCACGACUCCCUCCUGUCCUACGUCAUGCCCAGCGAGCACAAGUCCCACACCUACACCAACGGCUUCCACAUCAACGACAUCCGCGACUGCCUGGAGUUCGCUGACGAGGAGCCAUCACCACACGGCCACUGGCUCGGCCACCACGACAGAACCAAAGGCACCGGCACCGGCACUGGCACCGGAGGAACGGGAACCCUCGGCACGGCCGGGCGCGGCGGCUCGGUGUCCGGCUCCGUCUCGAGCUCCGUCUGCUCUGCGUACUGCUUCCAGCAGCGCCGGUGCAAGCGGGAGAGCUGUUCGUUCUACGGGCGGCCCGAGACGGAGUACUACUGCUCCUACUGCUACCGGGAGGAGCUCAGGCGCAGGGAACGCGAGGGCAAAGCCCACAGAACCGGGUAGCCCACCGCGGCGGCAUCUGGCGGAGGCUGUCUGUCUGUGCCCGCACUGCCCCUGGAGGUCAAGAGCUCACACAGCCACCCCUGGCACUGCCCCUGGAGGUCAAGAGCUCACACAGCCACCCCUGGCACUGCUCUGCGGGUAGAUCGGACAGUACUGGCUCACUAUGGCCUCCUCUAUUUAAGAACGCUCUCCUUAUAUUCUUGUUGCAUUUCAUUCAGUAGUGAAGGACACUGUAAACAACAACAACAACAACAACAACAACAAACAGGAAGAGUGACAGGAGUCAGUUUACAGCUUUGGCCAGAGAUUGUGCUGUUGCAUUUGUUUGAUUGUUUGUUUGUUUGUUUGUUUGUUCGUACGUUUUGUCGGUUUGCUUUGUUUAUAUGUUUUUGUCUGAUUGAUCUUUUACUUGUUCUAGAGUAAAAGCCCACCACUGUGCUGGGAGCACCUUCUGUAAACCCCACCUGUCCCUGUGUGUCUGAGAGAAAUGUAAACGCAUAUGUCAAUCUCCAUGGAGCUUGUUGCAGUACUUUAGAGGAGUCGCUCCAUUUAGAGGUCAAUUUGAAUGCAAUACUUCUCAGCUUAGUCCUUUGAAGUCUCAAUAUUGAAUAAUGUUCUUUUUUUUCUCUGUGCAUUGCAAAUAAGUACAAAGGGAGGGAAAUGCACUGCUAAGCAUGGGAAUUUUUUAAAAGCAAUAAGUUUGGUAAUGUCAUCCCCUCCUCUCCCUCCACUCUUUUCUAUGCAUCCCACGAGCGAUAAUGAACUAGCCCUGUCACUGUCCCAGCCCAAUACAGCCUGAUGUCCAUCUGGCCCAACAUAACUCUGUGUGUUUGUGUGUGUGUGUGUUUGUGUGUGUGUGUGUGUGUGUGUGUGUUUAUGUGCUACUCAGUCUAUGUUGUGGUGUUGUGUUUAUUACGAUCAGCUUUCAGCACCAUGGAUUGAUUGGCAAGGCCUCCUGUGCUAAGAGUGUGAAUGGGUGUGUGUGUGCUCUCCAGUCUAGGUGAUGAUUCCUACCUAUUCAGCUGAUUUAGAGAGCGUUUGGAAAAAUCUUAAUAUCAACCUGUUAUGUUAUCACCUGUAUGGGAGCACCUGUAUGCUCACACAAGGUCACACUGCAGGGAAUUGUGGGCCAUGUCUGGUUGGGAUUGAGCACCUGACACUGGCCUGGGGUGAGGGGGUGAGGGCCUGGGGUGAGGGGGUGAGGGCCUGGGGUGAGGGGGUGAGGGCCUGGGGUGAGGGCCUGGGGUGAGGGCCAGGGGCGCGUACGCGGGGAACCGUACGCGGUUCCUCCUGAUGUGAUGCUUAUAAAACGUGUGCAGUCCAGAUACUGGCCUGAGACCCCGGGCCCGGUCAGAGGGCAGGCCAGAGUCAGGUCCAAGGUAUUAUGGCUUAGACCCAACCCACAUCAGAACCGGGGCCAACCCACAUCAGGACCGGGUCCAACCCAUAUCAGGGCAGGUUUCAAGCCUAGAUGUGUGUGAGAGCACGGAGCCUAGAUGUGUGUGAGACCACGGAGCCUAGAUGUGUGUGAGAUGUGUGUGAGAGCACAGAG